UAGCAAGGCUCACUCUUACUUUUCCAUUCCAACUCAUCCAAAAUGGAGCGCACUGUAGACGGCGUGAUUGUUCUGGACUAUGCCGAUCUGCUCAGCGGUGCUGAUCUCUCUGCCCAGAUCGAGGCGGCGUUUGGCGAUGGUCCCGACGCACUCGGUGCCCUGUUUGUCAAGAAUGUCCCGGACUACCAGUCGCGUCGCCUGCAGCUGCUCCCGUUCGCCUCAAAGUACGCAGCGCUCCCCGACACGAUCAAGGCCAAGACCACCCAUCCCGAGAGCAGCUUCAGCUUUGGCUGGAGUCACGGCAAGGAAAAGUUUGACGGAAAGCUCGACGUUGCCAAGGGCUCGUAUUAUGCCAACCCUCAGUAUGACGUGCCGACGACCGACCCAGAACUCAUCAAGUCACUCCCAGAGUUGUGCUCAAACAACAUCUGGCCCGAGGAAGAUUGCCCCGGAUUCGGCGAUGCCUUCAAGAACCUUGGUCGGCUGAUCGUCUCGGUUGGCGAGCUGCUUGGCAAGCAGUGCGACAGUUAUGCCGAGAGGCAUUUGCCAGGUCACAAGGCGCACAUUUACGAAAGCAUUGCGCGCUCACGUACCUGCAAGGGUCGCGUGCUUCACUACUUCCCUCAGGCUUCGGCUGCGAUUCCAGCGGCCGCGGCUGGUGCUGGCGAUGACUCGCAAUACGCCUCUUGGUGUGGCUGGCACUUGGACAACAGUGCGCUGACCGGUCUCACGCGUGCCAUGUACCUUGAUCCGCAACACAACGAGGUUGAGUGCCCCGACCCAGAUGCAGGCCUGUACAUUCGAAGCCGCAGCGGCAAGGUUGUGCGCGUUAGCAUUCCGGCGGACAUGCUGGCCUUCCAGAUGGGCGAGUCAACCCAGAUUCGAAGCGGCGGCAAGCUCCGUGCCACCCCACACUGCGUGCGCGGUGCCAUGGGGGAGAAGGCCGUUGGCAUCUCCCGCAACACUUUUGCUGUUUUCAUGCAGCCGCACUGGGAUGAGACACUCGACGCGCCCGCUGGCGCGACUGUGGAAGACGUCGCUGUGCCACAGUGGAAGGCUGGCAUGACCUUUGGCGAGUUCCUCAAGAGCGUGUUUACUUACACGUACUGAAUUUGAAACGUCCGUGCACAGCAGUGGUUGCCGUUGUGGUGUUGCUGUCAUUGUGUACAACCAUAGAACCGUUGUGUUACC